AUUCUUUCGUUGUUUUAAAAUUAUAUUUUACGUUGAGUUGUUUAAACUCCUAUUCGUUGAAAAUUUGUGUCUUUAAAAUAUAUAUGCCCUCAUGAGACCACCUUAAGAAGAAUUGUGGUUCUUAAUGUUAGGGUUGAACAAUGGAGUAACAGAAGAACGGAAUUGUGAAAUGGAAGAAGCUGAAACUGGAGAACAACCCACGAUCUACUUUCGUCUGUGUGUCUGGAAUAGUACUGGAACAGAUCCACUUUCCAAAGCAUGUAAAUGGUUUGCUAUUCCACCGCGAGGGGUAAAUGUGGAUACAAAUGCCCCUCUCUCCCCGGCCUUUAACGAGCCACCCUGGGGAAAGGAUGAGAUAGCAUAUGAACCUGUUGGGGUGGGAUCUCAUAUUUUCCUCAUAAGUGGUGUGGAAGAUAAUUGUUGUGAUGUACCGAUCAGGCGUGUCCAUUAUUUAAAUACUCAAAGCGAAGAGAAAAAAUGGGAAGAUGGCCCUACUAUUGAGAAAGCACCUAAUCUGUGCUAUGUCUUCGCUGUGGAUGGCAAGAUUUAUGCACUGGGAAUGUAUGGGGAUAAUUUAUGUACUUUGCACUAUCUUGACUCCCAUAAGUUGGAGAAGGGAUGGACGUGCUUGCUAGAAUUGGAUGAUUAUGAUAAAUCCCCUACGAGCUCAUGUGUGCUUGCACACACAAUUGAAUAUGAAGAUGUAACUGAUUCUACUACUAGUCAACCCAUGCGCUGUGCUCGGCGUGCCAUCAUCGUUACAACUGAUGGCACGAUCUUCUACGAUUUCAAGAGAAAUGAGUUUGAUGUGCGUUACAAUGAGUUUAAUGAUUUUGAUUUGUCCACGAGUGGUGUUUGCCAUAAUGGGUUAAUGUACCUCUUGCAUGCAAUAUAUAGCCCUUUCGAAGAUAACCAUACCGACGUGGCAUGUUUCGACAUUGAGAAGGGCAAAUGGUGCCUCUCCGUGAAGGGAUUUGAAGAGUAUGAUAAUGCACUUCCUCUCCUUCAUAGUCCUGAUACGUACAUGUUUGAUAUUCCUUCAUUGUUCCUUCACUUGGGAGAAGACCGUUUCUUCCUUUUAUGGGCAGGUGGUGGCCCCAAAGUCCACUGCACCAGAUUCACUCUCAAUGUGAGGGGGAGGCGAGUUUUUGCAGAAAAGGUUUCUACCCAGGUGUACAGGGUCGAGGGCUUGGUACGCUGUUUCACUGGGGAGUAUCAGGCUUUAGCACUUUGCCGGGAACUGCCGUCCGAAGAAGCAUUUCACUCACUUGGCUUCAAUGCGACAGAAGCACGGAGAAUCCUUGAAAAAUUUCCUUAUUCAAUGGAGGAAAGAGUCCAGGAGGUUGAAGGAACCGACGACAAAUUCAGGUUGGCCAUGUUCACGGCGGCAUUACAGGACGGACUCCUUCAUACCGAUCUUACAACUCAUCCCCCGGAUACCUUCGAAGAAGCAAUGGUCCGGGCCGGGAGGUAUGUGACCCUGGAGGAGAGAAAGGAGGAGAAGAAAGAGAAGACUCCUAAAGAAGAAGAGAAGACGGGAAAUAAGAAGCCGUUCAAAAACAAGAAGCAGGGCUUCCCGGAUGGCCCAAAGGGCAGAAGUCCUGGGACCUCGGAGAAGCACAAAUCUGCCAAUCCAGUCUGCAAUGUGGAGGACACUGGAAAAUGGCGUGCUUACCAUCGCAAGAAUGAUCACAAUACGGAAGAUUGCUAUACUCUGAAGAAUGAGAUGGCAAGGCUAAUCUGCCGGGGUCAUAUGAAGAAGUUCGUACAAGAUGGAGAUGCGGGAAAUCCCGGGAACGCUCAGAAUGGAAAGUGCAGAGAUAAAGAAGUGGCCCAGGCUGAGGCCCGGGAGCGCCACAUUGGGCUUGAAGAUGAAGAAGAGGAUUCGGAACCCGCACCGCAUCGCCAGAAGAGACACCACGGGUGUAACUUCAUCAUUGGAGGGAAUACUGGCGGAGACUCAGCCACAAGCCGGAAAAAGUGGGCCAACGCGGCGACGAUCAACAAGGUGCUGGUCCAGAAGGCAACCAAACAACCAGUUAAGUACGAUACCCAAGUGGGAGAGGUGACUGCACAGCUCCUGAGGGCUGAGGAAAAACGUCCCAGAGUAGAAGUUGCUGGCGACGUUGAAGAAGUGGAACUAGAGCCAGGCACGCCGGGAAGGUUGGUCAGGAUUGGCAAGGGCUUGGGGGCUGAACUCAGAUCACGGGUGAUUUCAGUCCUUAGAAGGUUCAAGAGGGUCUUUGCUUGGAGUCCAGCUGAUAUGCCAGGGCUGGAUCACAAGAUUGCAGUUCAUCGCCUUAAUGUCCUACGGGAUGCUAAACCGGUGAAGCAGAAGCGGAGGCAUUUGUCGCAGGAAAGAAGAGAUUUCGUCAAGAAGGAGAUAGCAACCUUGCAGAGCAUUGGUCACAUCCGGGAGCAAUGGGAGGAGCAAACAAGGCUAAUGGAACAAAAGUAUUUGCCAAAGAUUUACGAUGAUUAUAACCAUCUUGACGUCUCUGAAUAUGUUGAUGACAUCUAUCAGUAUUAUUGGGCUCAGCAUCAUCCUCUGAGAAGAUACAUGGAGAUUCAAACAGAAAUUACACCUCAUAUGCGUGGCAUAUUAAUAAAUUGGCUUAUCGAAGUUCAUCUGAAAUUUGACUUGAUGCAAGAGACUCUAUUUCUCAUGGUUACUGUCUUAGACCAGUAUAUUUCCCAAGUAUGCAUCAAGAAAAAUGAAUUGCAGCUAGUUGGCCUCACUGCACUCUUGCUGGCAUCAAAAUAUGAGGAUUUUUGGCAUCCGAGGAUCAUGGACUUGCUCAGUGUAUCAGCCGAGUCAUACACCAGAGAACAAAUGCUGGGAAUGAAGUUAAUGUUUCGCCUAAAUGCACCAACUCCUUAUGUUUUCAUGCUACGGUUUCUCAGGGCCUCCCAAGCAGACAAAAAGUUUGGACAUCUAGCAUUUUUCUUGGUCGAGUUGUGCUUGGUUGAAGAUGAAGCUCUGAACUACAAACCUUCUCUGAUAUGUGCAUCGGCUAUCUACGUCGCACGGUGUACAUUGCACAUGACCACAACCUGGACGCCCAUGCUUGAGAGUCACGCACGCUAUGAAGAAUCUCAACUUAGUGAUUGUGCAGAGAUGAUCUUGAGAUUUCAUAAAGCUGCAAGAACGUCUCGUCUGAGUGUCACAUUUGAGAAAAAUAUAUGAGGUCUGCGCACACGUAAUUAGACUAAAAAUCCAGACGGGGUUUAUCCUUCUUUAGAGUAUGUAAUCACAUUGUAGUGAAUGUAAACACAACUUAUUUGAACUUUCUUAGGUUUAGGAUUAAGCAUUGAACGUGAAUAUUAUUAUUUUUUUAAAUUGGAUGACAGUGAAAUUCAAACUCUUAGUAUUUUGGUUAAUCUGGCACACAUAACACCUCAAAAAACUAAUUAAAAAAAUCUCAAAUUU